AUGUGCAUUAAGAAUAUUUUAUGUAAUAAUAAAUAUUCUGUAGUAAAAGUCUUUCUUAAAUACAAAGAAAUUAUUGAAAAUAAUAAUUUGAUUUUGGAUGCGCACCUGUUUUCAAAUGUUCCGAAUAUUAUUGAUAGUAUUGAUAAAAAUUUGCGUCCAGAAUACGUUCAUAUGUGCACUAAAGCUUUGUUAUAUUUGAAAUAUAUAGAGACAAGUAAUACUGGAAUAUCUGUAGAACCUGUUUGUAUAUAUUUAUAUUAUUGGAUAUAUCAUUAUCUUAAGAAUAAUGGGGAUAGUAAACACGCAAAGGCUUUUUAUAAAAAAAUACUCAAUUUAUUUCAAUCUGCUAUUUUUUUUUCAUGUACUAAUUAUCCUGAUAUUAUUAAAACAAGUGAAUUGGAAAAACUAAAAUUUCUGCAUGAUAUGUAUAAUAUUCUCAAUGAUAUAAAAAUACAAAGUCCAUCUUGCAAAGAAAGUAGGUGCAAAUGUGCUUAUGAUUGCGCUCUUAUGUAUAUGCAGAAAAUUGAUGAAUGUGAAUUAAAUUAUGAUCAUGAUUUUUGUAGUGAAUUAAACAAUAUAAAAAAUGAAAUUAAUGCACAAGAAUUAAUAGAAAGUUGUGAUAAUGUUAAAAAUCUAAUGUUCCCUAAUUUCGAUAGGGAGAACAGAAUAUUAGACCCAGUCCCAAAAUUUUCUACGUUUCGUUUCUCUAUGUAUGGUUUAUAUUUGAAGCAAAGAAUAAAAGGAGUAAAAGAGAAGUACAUUAAUUUUGAUGAAGAACGUAAUACAUUGCAGCUAUUUGAUACACCUAAAGGUAUUUCAAGUGAUAGAACAUAUAAUAUACUAUAUAAUCGUGACUGA